AUGUCUUCCCAGGGUCGGAGCCCCAUUGUUGGAUUUUACGGGAUGCUUUGCGUCUGGGCUGCCGGGGCGGUGUUGUCUCCAAACGGGACCAUAUUUGAGGACAACUGCAAGAAAACCACAACCUGCGAGGCACUUAAAUACAACACAUGUCUGGGAUCACCUUUACCAUACACACACACUUCUCUGAUCCUGGCGGAGGACUCAAGCACCCAAGAAGAGGCUUUUGAGAAGUUGACCAUGUGGUCUGGUCUGCGGAACGCUCCUCGCUGUUGGUCGGUCAUCCAGCCUUUACUCUGUGCCGUCUACAUGCCCAAAUGUGAGAACGGUCGGGUGGAGCUGCCCAGCCAGAGCCUGUGUUUGGCUACACGUCGACCAUGUAGCAUCGUGGACCAGGAGAGAGGCUGGCCCAACUUCCUCAAAUGUGACAAAUUCCCUGUGGGCUGUUCGAAUGAGGUCCAGAAGCUGAAGUUCAACAUGUCAGGCCAGUGUGAAGCUCCCCUGGUGAAGACAGACAUUCAGUCCAGUUGGUACAAAGAUGUGGAGGGCUGCGGGAUCCAGUGUGACAACCCUCUGUUCACUGAAGAGGAGCACAAUGACAUGCACGCCUACAUCGCUUACUUCGGCACCAUCACCCUCCUCUGCACCUUCUUCACCCUGGCCACGUUUCUUGCCGACUGGAAGAACUCCAACCGCUACCCAGCUGUCAUUCUCUUCUACAUCAACGCCUGUUUCUUUGUGGGCAGUAUAGGCUGGCUGGCACAGUUCCUGGAUGGAGCGCGUGAAGAGAUUGUGUGCAAGAGCGACAACACCAUGCGACUCGGAGAGCCCUCGUCUUCGGAGACACUGUCAUGUGUCACCAUCUUCAUCAUCGUGUACUACUCCCUGAUGUCGGGUGUGAUUUGGUUCGUCAUGCUGACCUAUGCCUGGCACACGUCCUUCAAAGCCCUGGGCACCACCCACCAGCCACUGUCUGGCAGAACCUCCUACUUCCACAUGGUCACCUGGUCCAUCCCCUUCGUCCUCACUGUGGCCAUCCUGGCUAUCGCUGAGGUGGACGGAGACUCAGUGAGUGGGAUAUGUUUUGUGGGCUACAAGAACUACAGAUACCGUGCUGGGUUUGUGCUGGCUCCCAUCGGAGUGGUGCUUGUUGUCGGUGGUUACUUCCUCAUUCGGGGUGUCAUGACUUUGUUUUCCAUCAAGAGUAACCACCCAGGUCUACUGAGUGAGAAAGCUGCCAGCAAAAUCAACGAGACGAUGCUGAGACUUGGUAUCUUUGGAUUCCUCGCCUUUGGCUUUGUUUUCAUCACCUUCGGCUGCCACUUCUACGACUUCUUCAACCAGGCUGAAUGGGAGAGGAGCUUUAGAGAAUAUGUGCUGUGUGAAGCCAACGUGACAAUCGCCUCUCAGACCAACAAGCCGAUCCCAGAGUGCACCAUCAAGAACCGGCCCAGCCUGAUGGUGGAGAAAAUCAACCUGUUCUCCAUGUUUGGGACGGGAAUAGCGAUGAGCACCUGGGUCUGGACCAAGGCCACCAUCCUCAUCUGGAAGCGGACCUGGUGCAAGAUCAUUGGCCGUAGUGACAAUGAACCCAAGAGGAUCAAGAAGAGCAAGAUGAUCGCCAAGGCAUUUGCGAUGAGGAUGGAGCUUCACAAGGACCCAGAGAAGGAGCUGUCCUUCAGCAUGCACACCGUGUCCCAUGAGGGACCAGUGGCUGGAAUCAAUUUUGAGCUAAAUGAGCCUUCGAAUGACAUGUCGUCAGCAUGGGCGCAGCAUGUGACUAAGAUGGUGGCCAGGCGAGGUGCCAUCCUGCCUCAGGACAUCUCUGUGACUCCGACUGGUACACCAGUGCCACCUCCAGAGGAGAGGAACAGGCUGUGGAUGGUGGAGGCUGAGAUUUCACCAGAGAUGAUAAAGAGGAAAAAAAAGAAGAAGAAGAGGAAGAAGGAGGUGCGUCCAGCAGAAGAGGCGGUGGAGCACCAGGCUUAUCGACAGCGCGAGUUCGGUCGCAGCUCCGUGCCUCGCCUGCCCAAACUGCCGUGCCACCCCAGUCUGGUCGCUAACCUGCAGGAACAGCAGAAGCUGGAGGAGGAGGUCCUGCCGGGGUCCUUCCCAGAUUUCCAACACUCCCACCCUCUGUCCUGUGAGGAGAGGUGUCCCUACCCUCCCUACCAGAGCAGUCGAAACAGCUAUGGCCUGCUCUCUAACCCUCUAACCUUCAACGACCGCCCGGAGGAUCUGGGUCUCGGCCCACGCUGCCUGCCCUCAGCCUCCACCUGGCAGCCCAGUGGGCCUUCCCGCUACCCUGGGGAGAUGGAUCUUACAGACGGGCUGUCUGAGAGGUUGGCCCACGUGGCUCGGGUACCGGCAGGCCGAAGGGCCGGCUAUGGACCCAUUCACUCCAGGACCAAUUUAAUGGAGGCAGAGCUUAUGGAUGCUGACUCUGACUUCUAAGAGCAGUGCUCCAAUAUAUAUCUUAGUGGUGCACAGACAGUGAGCGACAAAAAGUGCUGGAUACUUUCAAACUUCUUACUAAAGUGCAUCCAGUUCCUAAUACCCAGAGGUCAAGAUGGAACUAAGCUGGUCAGUUUUUUAUUGUCUUAUUUUUUUCUUCUCCUUUUUUUAAUUUAGACAAAACAAAGGGAUAAAGUGAAAAAAUAUGUUGUGAAUAAGUUAAUGAAAAAAAUAUUUUUUUAUACUUUAUUUGUGUCCAAGAAAAUUUCAAAGGCAACUCCAUGAUGGCAAGACAAAUGAGGCAGCUAAACGUUAUGUGGCUUGAAACAGAUAUUUUUAUUCUGACAGCACCCUGUGCAUUCAUCAGCUAGUAUCAGCCCAGCCCCGUCGCAACAUUUAACUAAAUGUGGCAUGUUGAUUAUUGACACAGUCAACUUGGGUUUUGAAUUAUCGGUAAGGACAUUUGAAGAUGAAGGCAGUGAAAGUCAAUUAUGUUCUUUAUUUGUACUGUCCCAGCCAGGGCAGUAAGACCUGACUCAUACAGAAGACCAUACAGGUACAAAAAGAAAUGCUACGGGCUACUUGCAAAUACUGUUCAACCCAGGUCUUCUUUUGUGUUAUAUUUUUGUUUUUAGGACUCACUUUCUCUCCUCCCACCACUUAGCCAUCAAUUACUUCUGUGUAUGUACAGUUAAUUUGAGGUACUAACCAUUAUCUCCCUCUCCUAAUAAUACUUAUAUCACAGAAUCUAUACAGAGAGACUUUGAGAGGCUUCUUUAAUCAUUUGUGACACAUGUUAUGACUUACACAGAAGCCAGGAGGUACAGAGAAAUGGUUAAAUAUGUAUAAAAUGACUCAUUUUGUACACUCAUUUACUUCAGAUUUUUACCCAAAUUAUUAUCUUGCCUUUACUUUUCUCAAUUUAUUUGUCAUCUGCAAAGUAAUAGUGACAUGAUUUAUUUAAAGAAAAACUUAAAACCAGGCUGAAAAGCUGUGUUUUUUGCUCCCCUCUUCUGGUUAAAGUAUUAGCACACCAAUAACACCACAGACGGUAUAAAAUAAUGGACAUACCCACCAUGGCAUCACCCUUUGGUUUGUGGACUCCUGUUUUGAAGCAUUUAGCAUUUUGGCCGUCGCCAUCUUGGAUUUUUGGAGCCAAAAGUGACCAUAUUUGGAUGACAGGCUGGAGAUAACCCCAACGCUAGCAGCUAGCUUGGUUAGCAUGGUGUAUUUACAGCUAUGGUUAGCUGUGAUAAUGCUUAAGUUAAAACUAUCAAAACAAAAUGUACUUUUCAAAAUGACUCCUUAGAGGGUCUUUUAGUACAACCUAAUGUUGAACAGGACUUUUUUAGGUGACAAGAUGUGACAGUUAACUUUCAUGAACUGAAAACACACUGAAAUAGCAACAGCUAUGGCUACCGCUACACUCUGUGAGUCUGGGGUUACACCAUGGUUAUGUUACCUAAUAAAUGUGGCUUCCAUUGUGCAGAACUUUAAGCCUUAAUAACAUUUUAACAGGCGAGUUAUAUAAAAAUGUACCCUCUAUACAUUUGUCAUGAAUGGGAAAUUAGCUUUAGAGACCAAAACUGUCUUUUAUAACAGGCUGUAAACAUGUUUAUUUCUGCUUUAAGGUCUAAA